GAAUGGGUCGAUGAGGAGGAGGACGAGGAGUAUGAAGACUUCUCGGACCUCCCGGACACGCGGAGCAUCGCUUCAGACGACUCCUUCUACCCGCCCCAAGAGGCCGACGACGAGGACGAAUCGGAACUUUCCGACAGCAAGCAGCAGCUCAGUCUCUUCCGCGCUUGCUGUACCAACAACGCCGCCGUCGUGCGGGCGCUCAUCCGGGAGGGGCUCCAGGAGGAGGACGUGAAGGAGACGGACCGCAACAAGCGGACUGGCCUUAUUGUUGCCUGUUACCAAGGAUACGUGGAUAUUGUAAUAGCCUUAGCACAGUGUCCUCAUAUUGAUGUAAACUGGCAGGACAACGAAGGGAAUACAGCUCUAAUUACAGCUGCUCAGGCAGGACAUAUUAACAUUACACAAUAUUUACUCAACUAUUAUUCCGAUCUUGAUAUUGAGAAAAGGAAUGCAUUUGGAUUUACUGCACUCAUGAAAUCUGCAAUGCAAGGCCGAAGUGAAUGUGCCAGAGCCUUAAUAUUAGCAGGAGCAAAUAUUAAUGCAACAGAUCCAAGUCGUGGAUUCACUCCUCUGGAAUGGGCAUGUUUCACAGGACGAAUAGAAUCUGCAUAUCUUAUACAGAGACUUAUGGAUAAGCCAUGUGCUGAGCAAUUUUGUGAUCAAUAUUUGCUUGAAUGGCCAAAGUUGAAAGAACUUCUUGCUAAGGCUACAGGUUCAAAAACUUGCUUGCAGAAGAUCUCAGAAACUUUGAGAUCCAUUGUAGACUUCAGAACUUUCCACGGUCCUGAAGAAGAUGGAGUCCUUGAUCACAUGGUUAGAACAACAACAAGUUUAAGAAGCUCCUUCAUUGCCAUAGCUUGCAGGACUGUGUGCCCUGAAAGUCCUCCUGCUGUAGGAAAACGCAGGCCAGCUGUACAAGAAAUUCUUAGGAAACAAAGAGCUAAAGAACUUCAAACUUUGGAGAACAGGGAACGUUUUAACAGCUAUAAGAAGCUGUUUCAGAAUUCCAGAAUUACACUAGUGUCCAAAACGAAGGAACGGAGGGCCAGCCUGCAGCCUUUCCAUUUAAAUAUGCCCCAAGUCAACGUUAUGGUCCGAAGGAAAGCCAGCCUGUUGCCACUGCAUUUGUUAAGAAGAAGCAGUGUUCGCCCUGGGCUUGUCAUCCCCAGAGUCCGCAUAAGUAAGGCACCUCGGCCUACUUUCCAGCCGGAGAAAGUGCAACGGAAAAGUAAUGCUAAUGAUGGGACCUACUUGGAGAUUCCCAAAUGGAGAUAUAAGGAGCUGAAGGAAAAAAGGAAGAAGGCUGAAGAAGAAAAGAAAAAAGCUGAAGCUUUACAGAAGCCCACUUCACCAUCUCUUCAGAAAAAAAGGACUUAAAGCCAAAUUGCUGGUGGUACCAGUAAAUGGAUUGACACAGUAUAUUAUAUAAAUUUAAGAAAAGGAAGAUCAAACAGAAGAUCACACUUGUUUUAAGAGAUUUAAGAAAUGCAAGGCAACUGUAUGAACAAGGUUAACGUAUGGAAAAUAUUAUUUUUCUACAAUUUUAACAAUUAUCCUCCCCAAAGUAAAGGGCAAUAGGAUUAAACUCCAAAUAGAGAGGCCAUGUCCUCAAAUAUACAGUUUACAGCAGCACUGAAAUACCAUGUCCUAAAUAUCAGUCUUCUCCCUGGGGUGCAGGACAGAAUCCUCAUCCUGCCCCAGCCCAUGGGUGAAGAAGCAAUCUUAAAUUGUCACAAAGUGUAUUGAUACAAAAGUAGUCUUUUUCUCUUUAAGUCAAUACUAUCUCGCCUUGUUUCAAGGUACAUACAAUUUGUGCUACUUUCUUAUUCAGAAUUUGAGAGGUGAAGGCAGAUAACCCCUGAUCAGGGGGCUGUUUCAGAGCAUUGAGACUCCUCUGGUCACUUGCCAGCCUCUGAUGCAGCAAUUGCUCUCUCAGGAUUUGCACACCCUAUUAGCAGUUCUUAGCAGAAUUCUUUUCAUAUUCUUGCUUUUCCCCUCCCUGUUUUUUGAAAUCAACUUUGUUCCAAGCUUCCAACAAGGUAGAGAGAACAGAUCUGUACUAUUUUAUCUGGGGAAAGUAAGGGGCUUUGCUCAAUUUCAUAUUAUUGUAUUCUGAAGUAGCAUCAAAGGGAAUCUGAUUUUUAGAUGUAGGAGCUCUGCAGAGUUUACAAAAUGAGAGAUGCUAAAUUAGCUUUUGUCCUAUUAGCCACGGAUAUCAUAUUGUUAUCCCCACUCCCCACUUUCACAUCACAAAUAAGAAAAGUGGUUGCCCAGCAGCUGCUCACUUUCCAUUCUCUUUCACACAACCUGGCUGGUUGUACACUCAUGGUAAGGUUUAUCUACCUCCUUCCUCUUGGGGGGUUACUUCUGUCCUGGUGUCUUCUCUUAUUUCACAGUUUUACCUUGGAACAUGGCCAAAUGGGAAGUGAGUCUCUAGACCUCAAGCAGAAUCGCUCAAACAGAUCCACCCUGUUCAUGCUGCUGUGCUCUGAUUGGUGGAUAUAAUCCUACAUCAGGGCUGUCAAACACGCGGCCCGCAGCCCAGAUGCAUCACAUGCUGGCCACGCCCUGUUUAGCAAAGGGGGAAAAAAGUGAUAUGUCAUGUGACACGCAAGUUUGACAUCCCUGUCCUACAUGAUGGGUGUAGUGCUGAAGGGGGAGCAAAUCUUGCCCAUAAUGAAUGGUGCAGUUUCAGAUCAGGACAACACUAUUUGGUAGCAGUGGGAGAUUCAGUAGAAAGAUUGGCAAUACAACCAGCAUGUUUUAUGCCUAGAAGGAUGGUUAAUUCAGUAGUAGGGAAAGGCACAGAGAGUUUAAGAAAUAUCCUUGAUGAAUAACCACAAAGCAAUAAUUAAGAAAAAGUAGACUUUCAAGGGAGUAUCUAGAGAAUUAGAAAAGAAGGAAUAGAUGACAUAAAUUUCUUAUUCAGGAUAUGUGAGAGAUUUAAAUAUGCUUUAAGGGUUUUUUCCCCCUACAUACAGAGGCUCAGCUUGUUGCUGGCCUAUAGAACAUAUGCCAGUCUGAAACAUUUUUAAAGUAUAUAAAAUCUUGGGAAUUUGGCAAAACAAAACCCCCAUAUAGAAUUAAUUUUGAGAACUAGAAAGAAGCAAAUGACACCUGAUGUGUUGCCUCUUGGUGAAAAGUAUUUUAUUGGUUUGUUGCUAAUCUGAAAAACAAAUCAUUUUUAAAGUUAAUGAAAAUUCACCUUAUUUUACAGUAACUUGCUCCAUUUCUACAAAAACCUCCUCAAUUACUUUUCAGUAUGAUAUUCAGUUUAAAAUUUGAUCAACUUCUAUUAUAAAACAGCCCAAAAAUAAUUGUGACAAUUGCAUUUAUUACUAAAGAGAUGGAAUAAAAAUAUAUAUUUUUCCAGACUUUUUAAACACAUAUUUAACACAUAACCACCUCUUCUGGAUGCAUUGCUAAGCAUUUAAAAUCUUAGAUUAUUCUUCAAAUUGACUGUGGGUGACUUCAUGAGCUUUUCUGGCAAACAGAUAGGAACGGUUUGUUUUGCCUGCAGGAUAUUACUUUCCCAAAGGUUUCUUGGUAGUUUCCCAUCAUAGUAUUAACCAGCCUGCUUAGCUCUUUUAAAUCACACAGUCAGCCAGGUCCUGUCACCUAGCUAGGUGCAACAGUCAUGGAAGCUAUAAUGGUAAUUCCACUGCACUUACACUUGCUGGCAUGUUAUUCCUCAAAAGUAAAGAAUCAGCUUUUAAGAACUAGAAUGAUAAAUACCUCAUUUCUCAAACCCUACAACCUGUACCAAUCCCUUGGUAAAAGGUAAAAAAAUCACUUUUCAGGUAAAUACCUCAUAGGGUUAACAACAACAACAAUUAAGGGCAAUAUCUGUCAGAAGGGAGUUUUCACUCUGCAUUGAACUGAAAAUACUUUACAAUGCAAUCCAAUCCAAUCCAAUCCGUCCCAGCUCAGAAAUAAAAUCCACUGAGUUCAGAGGGGAUUAUUUCCUGACAGGAUUACAGCCAUAGUUAAUACAUGCUUGUUCCAUGUAUGCAAGGCUUUCACAAAGUGCCUGCUUGCAUUCCUUCGUCAAUUCUGUGCCAGCUAAAACUAUGACUCAUAUAACAAGCAAGCAACAUAUAUUAAUUUUUAAGGGCAUGCUAUAAGGAGAUGGAUGAAAUUUUGAAACAGGUAUUAUUUUGUAAUUGGUAGAUGAGAUUUUAGAUGCCAGUAGCAAAAUGGUUCUCAGGUAAACUGACAUAAAAGGUGUAUUUUCUUCAGAGCCAAUAUAACACACUUCUAUAUAAAAUCACAAAGUCAUCUUCCUCCAAAUCAAUCUACUGCAAUAAGCAGGUACAUGAAUUUGCAAUUUAAUUAUUGCAAACUAAAUUACAAAUGUGCUUGAAAUGUACCACUGUAUUCACUCAGGGAUGAAGCUCAGUAGUAAUGUUGAAGGGUAUAACCCAUUUGUGUCAGCAUAUUAUAUGUUGAUAAAACAAUAAAUUAUGCUUUCAUUAUGGAG